UUGCCUGCGCGCGCUGAUCUGAAGGAAGCGGGAGCGCGCGCGCGCGAGAAAGAAAGCGAGGUGGGGGAGCAGGAGGUGGAGGAGGCUCGGGUCGCCGCUGCAUCCCCGGUGGAGCAGAUAGGAGAAAAGAGAAAGAGAGAUAGAGUGGAAAAGAAGAGGAGAAAAGAGAAGAGAAAGGAAGACGCCGCCGAGGGCGCGGAGCGGUGCACAGCUUGAAGGAUGUUCUCCACGGUGAAGGCUUUUGAGGCGCAGCAGUAUUUGGUGCUGAAGAAGCAGUGCCUGCAAAGCGGGACCCUGUUCGAGGACCCGGUCUUCCCUUCUCUGGAUGAUUCGCUGUUCUAUCAGGGAAAUCGCAUCGGCCGUGUCCACUGGAAGAGACCUAGGGAGCUGUGCGAUGAUCCUCAUUUGUUCGUGGAUGGGAUCAGCGCUCAUGACCUGCACCAAGGGCAGCUGGGAAACUGCUGGUUUGUGGCGGCGUGUUCCAGCCUGGCUUCACGCGAGUCUCUGUGGCAGAAAGUAAUUCCUGACUGGAAAGAGCAGGAAUGGGAUCCAGAGAAACCAGACUCUUAUGCAGGAAUCUUCCACUUCCGCUUCUGGCGCUUUGGGGAGUGGGUGGACGUUGUGAUCGAUGACCGCCUACCCACGGUGGAAAAUCAGCUGGUGUACUGCCACUCAAAUGACAGCAAUGAGUUUUGGAGUGCCUUGGUGGAGAAAGCUUAUGCCAAAGUGUACGGCUGCUAUGAAGCUCUGGAUGGGGGGAACACAGCCGAUGCUUUGGUGGACUUCACAGGUGGUGUCUCAGAGCCAGUGGACUUGCUAGAAGGAAUGUUUGCUCAGGAUGAGGCAGCCAGGAACCAGUUGUUUGAGAGAGUGCUGAAGGUCCACAAUCGAGACGGACUCAUCAGCUGCUCCAUCAGGGCGAACACAGUGGAGGACAUGGAGGCCCGGCUGGAAUGUGGGCUUGUCAAAGGUCAUGCUUACGCAGUCACCGACGUUCGCAAAGUGCGUCUGGGCCACGGCUUGCUGGCCUUCUUCAAAUCUGAGAAACUGCACAUGAUUCGCAUGAGGAACCCCUGGGGGGAGAAGGAGUGGAGCGGGCCAUGGAGCGACAGCUCGGCGGAAUGGAACAAGGUGAGCAAGAGUGAGAGGGAGAAACUGGGUGUUACUGUGCAGGAUGACGGAGAGUUCUGGAUGAACUUUGAGGAUUUCUGCCACUACUUUACUGACCUCAUCCUGUGUCGGCUAAUCAACACGUCCUACCUGAGCAUCCAUAAGACCUGGGAGGAGGAGGUGAUGAGAGGAUUGUGGAUUUACCGGGACGAACCCCUGCGUAACCGAUCAGGAGGCUGCAUCAAUCACAAAACCACUUUCCUGCAGAACCCUCAGUACGUGUUUGACGUGAGGAAAAUGGAGGACGAGGUUUUGAUCUGCCUGCAGCAGAAUGAGAAAAGAGCGACUCCCAAAGAAGGCAAAGGAGAAAACCUGGCUAUCGGCUUUGACAUCCAUCGGGUGGAACUGAACAGAAAGUACCGCAUGCACACGGCGCAGCAGAAAGUCGCAGGUUCCAUCUACAUCAACUCUCGCUCCGUCUUCCUGAAAAAAGAGCUGAAAGAGGGCCGCUAUGUCAUCAUCCCCACAACCUUCGAACCAGGCCAGCAAGGAGAAUUCCUCCUUCGGGUUUUCACAGAUGUGCCUUCAGAUUGCAAAGAGUUGACUCUAGAUGAGCCUCCUCAGACUUGUUGGACGGGGAUGUGUGGGUAUCCUCAGCUGGUCACUCAGGUGCAUGUGCUGAGCGCUGAGGGGCUGCAAGGCCAAGACUCUAAUGGAGCGUCAGAUCCAUACGUGAUUAUCACCUGUGAGGGGGAGAAGGUUCGAUCACCUGUGCAUAAGGACACCCGAUGUCCCAACUUCGACAUCAAGGGUGUGUUUUAUCGCAAAAAGCCAAAAGAAGGCAUUCACAUUGAGAUCUACAAUAAGAAUGUGAUUGUAGACACCUUCCUGGGUCAGGUGACGCUCUUCAGCGAGCCAAACGAUCGACAAGAGCAGCACAUUCUCCACCUGCGAGACAAAGGCAGCCGCCAAGAUAACGACCUUCCCGGCAUGCUGACUGUUCGCCUGAUCACCUGUACCAUGUUGAUCAACAUCUGACACCUUCAUAGACAUGGUCUCCUCCCUGCCCCUUCCCUCCUUUUUCCUUCUCUCUCGAUGGCCUGUGAUCAAGGUACACCUCAUUAUUACCCAUAUAAUUUUUGCAGCACUAGCAUAGCUUUCCUAAGGGCUACGCAUUAGUUGUGCUUGAGCAGCCGAGGUCAGUUUGGUAUUGGGACCUUUGUGGAGUCUUCAUCUUGAGAUCAGCCACAAUGGUUUCCGUUUCCUGCUUACCUCAACAAAAAUCAGUUCUCGCCAUUACUCUUGUGCUCCUUCAUGGUAUUCCCACCAGUUCAAACUUGCAUAACUCACCUCGCUGAAGACCAUUUUUGGAAGAAACCAUUUAUUAAUGCCUUGCACAGCGCAUGACCCACCCUAGCUGCUUUAUGAAAAACUCUGAGAUUGACAUGAGUGCAUCUGAAUUUCGUGGAUUCUUGGAAAUCUUUACACUGGAUGCUCUUUGGAUGUGCAGCAGCAUGCUUGGUGUUACUAUUUGCAACAAUACCAAGAAACACAGAGACACAGAGUUCAGCCACGACCAGCCGCCUCUAGGGACCAAAACCCACCCAGCCUCCAUCUCCAUAGUAACGCCACUGCCUGAAGACUAUAACAGUUUAAACAGCUUAUGUGUGUGCGCACGCAUGUGUGUGCGUAUGCUAAUUCCGAAUAGACACCCCCCCCCCGUCCCCGCCACCCUCAGACGACCCUUCAAAGGUCAUGCAUGUGUAGUCAAUCGACAUAAAUCCCAGCAGUGAUUUAGUGUGGAGAGCAGUCUUUAGGAGAUGGAUAUGUGUAUACACAUCUUUUGCAUGUAUACCUCACUGAAUGAGACUGUGACAUGACGUGACUGACUGCUGGGUCUCUUCAGCUCUUGCCAAACAGCAUGUGCCAUGAUGCGAGUCCUAUUAGAACUGUUCCUCCGCUCCACCAGGGGGUGCCGUACUAAUGCUCUAGGAAACGCAGACUCUUUACUAUCUUUUCCAAGUGCUGAUGUGCCCUUUUACUAUGGACUACUACAAAGCUAUUUAUAUUACUACCAUUACCAGCUUGCGUGUUGCUAGCAUUUUAGUAUGGUGGAAAUGUUUUUGAACAGUUUUAUCAAACUAUGUGUUAUAUAUGUUGCCAUAUUUAGAUCACUUGAAUGAAGACAUUUAUUGUAAAAUUUUCAUUUAUUCACA